AUGGGGUGUGGAGACCAUGGGCUGCAGAGACCAUGGGCUGCAGAGACCAUGGACUGCAGAGACCACGGACUGCAGACACCAUGGGCUGCAGAGACCAUGGACUGCAGAGACCAUGGGGUGCGGAGACCAUGGGCUGCAGAGACCAUGGACUGCAGAGACCACGGACUGCAGACACCAUGGGCUGCAGAGACCACGGACUGCAGACACCAUGGGGUGCGGAGACCAUGGGCUGCAGAGACCAUGGACUGCAGAGACCACGGACUGCAGACACCAUGGGGUGCGGAGACCAUGGGCUGCCGAGACCACGGGCUGCAGAGACCAUGGACUGCAGAGACCAUGGACUGCAGAGACCAUGGACUGCAGAGACCAUGGACUGCAGACACCAUGGACUGCAGAGACCAUGGACUGCAGAGACCAUGGACUGCAGACACCAUGGACUGCAGAGACCAUGGGCUGUAG